AUGGUCUCCGAAGGGAGCUUUGUCACAAUUUCUCACUCAGAGGAGAUGUCACCAGAAGUCUGUGAGAAGGGACUGGAGGAGAGCGGGGAGAGCUUGACCUUUACAGAUACUACCAUGGUCACUCAGGCCUUCACAGAAACCCCUAUGGUCACUGACUUCUUUGAAGACACUGUAAGUGAGGAUAUUGAGAGCGGUUCAGAGGCAGAAGUGCUUGACCCGACCUCUCCAACCACCGGUACACCAGCUGAGGACGACUGGUUACAUGUUGAGGGAGCCAAAGAGACAGAGCAGAUGGAGGUUGAAAGCAAAGACAUGGGGGUUGAAGAGGUGGACUUUGGCUUUGAGUCAGUAGACAUAGCUGCUGGUGGCUUAGAUGAGGAGAGGUACGUUAUGUUGAGUUGUACACACGUGCAAUACAGUGGUUGAUUGACGUGUGGACAUUUUUGAGAGCAUUUACCUAUAGUUGUUGAUAAUUCUGUGUGACUAGAAUGCUUUUCUGAAAGUGAACUGAUUGAGAAAAUGCCUUAUAUUUAAUCCUUUACCAUUAUUUGAAAUGUGUUGCUACUAAACUGUUAGAACUAAACAUCCAGAGUAUAACGAUCAGUUGGUGUGUAGUCAGGUCAUAUUAAAUCCCUGUUUUUCUAUUUUUAGGCAGCAGGGGGCAGCAGACGAGCCAACAACUCCUAAACGCAGACCUGUAAACUCUCAGGAAAUGGGUCUAGGCAGUGCUGCUUCCCCAGAAGUAUGUUAUUUAUAGUCUAUCAGUUGACCAAUCCUCCACCAUCCAUUUUGUGUCCUUUGAAAUGAAAUGCUGACUCAUUACCACAAUCAUAACUGUCCAUUUUGUGUCCUUUGAAAUUAAAUGCUGACUCAUUACCACAAUCAUAACUGUCAAUUUUGUGUCCUUUAAAAUGAAAUGCUGACUCAUUACCACAAUCAUAACUGUCCAUUUUGUGUCCUUUAAAAUGAAAUGCUGACUCAUUACCACAAUCAUAACUGUCCAUUUUGUGUCCUUUGAAAUGAAAUGCUGACUCUUUAACACAAUCAUAACUGUCCAUUUUGUGUCCUUUGAAAUGAAAUGCUGACUCCUUACCACUCUGAAUGUACCUAUUAUAUCUGAUGUCAUUUGUUGUCUUAGGGUUUCAUGGCCAGUCCUGGUCUGGUGACCUCCAGCCAGUCCCUACUGGAGUGGUGUCAGGAGGUCACCAAAGAACACAAGGGGGUCAAGAUCACCAACUUCAGCACGUCCUGGAGGAACGGCCUGGCCUUCUGUGCACUGCUACACCACUUCCACCCAGACAGGAUGUAGGUACCCCCUCUGUGAAGCGUUUAGACAUAAACAUGAGCAGGCAUUGUGUUAUGACUUGUUUAACCUUUAAAAAUGACAUUAUUUUUGUAUUAACUUGUUUCCUGUUCUUGUAGUGUGUAUUGAUUCUCUCUUUCUUCGCUGCUUAGAAACUUUGAGAUGCUGGACCCUUAUGACAUCAAGCGCAACAACAAAAAGGUAGUUUGUUUCCUUUAUGUUAUCUCAUCAUGUCAUAAUCACUACCAACAGCCAGGCCUUAAAUGUGACCAUCAAUUGGUUAACUGCUGAAUAUUUUCCCCACCCAAUCCAUCUUCUCUUCUCUCAUUUCCCCCUAGGCCUUUGACGGUUUCGCCGAGUUGGGCAUCUCUCGGCUGAUGGAGCCCUCGGACAUGGUCCUCCUGGCCGUGCCUGACCGCCUCAUCGUCAUGACCUACCUCAACCAGAUCCGCACCUACUUCACGGGCCAGGAGCUGAGUGUGCUGCACAUCGAGGCGGACAGCAGUGAGUCCAGUUACGGUGUGGCCGGGGAGAGCCGGGAGGGUCCCGACCCAGAGGCCGCCGCACGCUACUGUCAACGGAUCCAAGAUGAGGCCCUCACAAUGGAGACCAAUGUGGGCGCUGCAGAGAAGAAGGCGGAUAGUGACACUAAGGAGUGCACCAAUGGGGAAGUGGUCCCACCCCCUAGAACCAAACGGCUGCAGGCUGCAGGGGAAGCAGGAGGGGCCCAAGCACCCGUUGCACCCCCUAGGACACAUUUCUUAUCUUCCAAGUCUGGGUUCUCCCACCUAAAGGAUGCAGAUCUGGUUAAGAAACGCCGGUCACAACGCAGGUCAAUAGAUGAGGCAGACCCAGCCGAAGUAAGUGGCCUACGAUAUCUCUCAACUCAAUAGGCUUUAUUGACAUGGCAAGUUAAAUUACUUACAUUGUCAAAGUAUACAUAUAACAAAAAUGGUGGGACCAACAGCAAUAAUAAUAGUAGUAGUGGAAAUGGGAUUACCAUUAACAGCAACUACAACAACAAUAUUAAUGAGAAUAACAAUACAUUAACGCAAUAGUAGUAGACUAGUGUCAAACUGACUGAGAAGCCACAUGAUAUGGUAUGAAAGCCAAAACAAAACUAAAUGGGAAAUAUUAUUGACAUUACAUUGCACUUUUCACUGCCUGUGGCAGGAAGACACAUAUUUGGCUUUUCACCCAAUACAUAUUUGUUUUUUUCUUCAUCUUUUUAUAGUUUCAAUUCUUUGUACUGAAUGAUAAUUUGGGGAAAGAAAGAUUAUUUUAGGUCUGAGUAUUUGUCAAUAGUCUCUACCUCUCCCCUGGAGCAGAGUGAGCACAGCCUGUCCUCUCUGGGCAGCCAGGUUUGCCUGUGAUGACCGGUCUCUAUAGCCAGACUAUGCUCACUGAGUCAGUACCUAGUCAGUGUUUUCCUCAGUUUUCUAUCAGUCACAGUGCUCUCUCUCUCUCUCUCUCUCUCUCUCUCUCUCUCUCUCUCUCUCUCUCCAUCUCUGUGAGUGAUUAUUUUGUUGUAUUUACAGGUUGCUACAGGACAGGAAGAGGGUGGAGCUGACAGAAGAAAAUCAGAAACCGGUACAUACAGUAGAUUGAUUUUGUAUGAUGUGUUCUGAGUUCACACACUCACACACACAGACACACACACACACACACACACACACACUCACACACACAGACUUACUGAGUCUCCAGUUUCCCAGGUACUUUAUGAUUGCGCUACACCCAUCAGAGGAGCAGUGUAUAGGCGAGAGAGAGAGUACAUACACAAGUCAUCACAGUUUUCUUUGUUGAUUCAUCCUUCCCCUGAGCAUUGACAUCACUCACUCUAAUUACUUUGUUGGCUUCCUGUCGUUAGGAUUAGAGUCCUUAGCCUAUCAAACUAUGCUAAUUACCUCUUGUCAUCGCAGUCUAGUUUUCCACUUUGAUGCUCUUCCAGUAAUUGUAGCUACUGCAUAAUGUUGCUAUGUGUCUCGUUAUGCUGUGUGUGUGUUUCAUAUAGGAAGGGCAGCUGGUGAAGAAGGACGAUCGGCAGAGGAGGUCUGUCACUUUCACAAGUUACUGUCUGCCACUGUCAUAAACACUUAUGUGCAUUAAGGAAAUACCAAUGAUCUGUAUCAGAAAUAAGUAUAAUUCUCUCUGUGUGUGUGUCUGUGUCUGUGUGUCUGUGUACACAGGACACCAGCCAGUAUGUGCUGAGGGAGAUGCAGGCCCUAGAGGCGGAACAGAAGCACAUUGACAGCAGGGCAGACAUCGUGGAAAGGACACUACGGCAACUUAUGGAGUCAGGUGAGGGGGGAUGAAGAAAGAGAGACAAAUCCCCUUCAAUAAAUACUUUCAGUAUUUUCAAAACGUCUCUUUAUAAUGAUGCCCUCUCUGUCUCCAUACAUGUAGGUAGUGACAAGAUGCAGGAGGAGAAGCUGAUUCAGGAGUGGUUUACUCUGGUCAACAAGAAGAACGCCCUCAUCAGGAGACAAGACCAACUACAGCUACUGUAACGUCCACCAUGCCUACUGUGCUGUCUACCUAGUGCUUUAAACAACACCGACGUAUUAUAGCUACAUUACAUUGAUCUAACCACAAGGCAUUCUGCUCCACAGGCAAGAAGAGCAGGACCUGGAAAUGAAGUUUGAGAUGCUGAACCGAGAGCUGAGAGACAUGAUGGCUAUUGAAGGCAAGACUACAGUACCAAUAUACUAAACUACAAGAUCCAUGAUGCCACUCUAUUCUGUGAUACAGCUCAUUACUGUGGUCAUAGUGACACCCAAACCAUACAAUAACAAAUAUAUCUCUGCAAGGGAAAUUAGUAAAGUGUGCUGUUGCAUAUGUCAGUGUUAGGUUCUAAUUUCUGGUACAAUAUACGGACUCAGAGAAAAACUCAAACUACAUUUAUUCACCACACUGUGUGUUGCAGCUGCAUAGCACACAAACAGAUAUUUAUACCUUCCGAUUAAACUGAGUGCCCUCCUUGUAUUUCUAGGAUAAACAAUCAGUCUCUGUUGUUGGGCAAGUCCAGAACCUUUGUGCUCCUCCGUGCCUUUCACAGGGCUUCUUAUCAGUCAGGAGAGGUCUUGAGUUAUUGGGAGUACACAUUUCUACAGUCUACUGCAGUCCACUAGAUAAUUACACCUCUCAUACACAAAGAGCUUAAACCUAACACUACUUUAAAUCUCUAAGAAUAUAUAAACUGUAUAUUCAUAGUAAGAGUAUAUAAUGAUAGAAAACAGUGAAGAUAUAAGACGGUGUUAUAGAAUUAAAGUAAUUUACGAUCUAUCAGCUUUAACCCCAGACACAUGGCUCCUAUUCAACCCUUAUUGGAUCAUUCUUUCCCUCAGAGACAGGCCCCCUUUGUACUUUGUCUCUGCCCAAAUACAAUGCACAUAGAUCAUUCCAUCUAACCCAUAAUUACUACUGCUAGGCUCAUUUACAAUUAUUAACAGAUUAAAACGGGCUCAAGUCAGAUAGUCUCCAACAGCAGUAAACUUUGGUCAUGAUUGACUCACGCUAUUAACACAUCUGUUUGGUAAAGUCAGACUUCCCAAAUAUACCAAGUGGUAUCUGCCCACCUGCUGGUUUGAGGAAGUGAUCCUUUCUUUAAUGACAUCAUUUAUUGUAAUCCUUUAUUUACUUCCAGUUGAAUCACGAGGUUAUAGUUUAAAAUGAAAUACAUCGCAAUAAAAAGCUGGUAAUGGAACUCAAUUUCACGUUGGCAAAGCAACAACUGUCUUCUCUACUCUGUACCACCCUCAAUCUCGUACCACUCUUUCCCUGUCCUCUCUCUCUCUCUCUCCUCCGAUCACUCUCUCACUCUCUCCCCCUCCCCUUUUUGCUCUGUCCUCCAGAGUGGCAGAACACAGCUGCCCACAAGCACAGGGAGCAGCUGCUACUGCAGGAGCUGGUGUCUCUGGUCAACCUGAGGGACGAGCUGGUCCACGACAUGGACGCCAAGGAGAAAGGGUGAGACAGCCAUGUUUGUAUCCCAAAUGGUACCCUAUUCCCUAUAUAGUGCACUACUUUUGACUAGAGCCUAAUUGGCCAAAAGAUGUGCACUAUAUAGGGAAUAGGGUACCAUUUGGGAUGCAACCAUGGCCCAGCUGAGUCACACACGCUGAAUGCACACCGCAAACACAGACACACUGCAAACACAGACGCUUAACACACACUCUGCUAGACAUUAACCAUGGAUGUAUUCAUCUGGGGGGAUGGUAUGCUAUGGGGUGAAUGAGAUAUCAGGUCUCUUUGUGAGUUUUGUCUUCCACUGCCACAAAGUUGAACCUAAGUCUGAGAGGGUGACUGUUUGCUAUGGGCCUACUGUUCUAGCAGGUCUCUCCCUGUUCAGUAUGAAAAAUGUACACACUCACUAACUGUAAGUCGCUCUGGAUAAGAGCGUCUGCUAAAUGACUAAAAUGUCAAAUGUAAAAAAUGUUCUCUGCGCCUAGGGCUCUGGAGGAGGACGAGAGGCUGGAGAGAGGCCUGGAGCAGAGACGCAGGAAGUACAGCAAGAAAAGCAAGCAGGAGAAGUGUGUGCUGCAGUGAGGCCUGGCGUCGGACACACCUGAACCAGGAAGCCCAGUAGAAGGUCACACCUGAACCAGGAAGCCCAGUGGAAGGUCACACCUGAACCAGGAAGCCCAGUAGAAGGUCACACCUGAACAAGGAAGACCAGUGGAAGGUCACACCUGAACCAGGAAGCCCAGUGGAAGGUCACACCUGAACCAGGAAGCCCAGUGGAAGGUCACACCUGAAACAGGAAGCCAAGUGGAAGGUCACACCUGAACCAGGAAGCCCAGUGGAAGGUCACCUGGGUGCACAUUGGGACUAAAGUUGUAUGUGUCUGUAUCAUGACAUCAACACUGCAUGGAAGAGACAGAGCUGUGUUAUGUGACUGCACUAAGAGGACGUAAAACGAUGUUCACUCACCCCCCUCUCCAUGAUAUGACUAAGCCUCAAUGCAACCUAUGACUGGUUAUCAACAGUCACCCUGCUCUUCAGAUUGUGUUUUGAUUUUUUUGUGUGAGUGUACGUGUGUUUAUAUGUGUGCGUUGAUGUGUGUGUUUGUUUGUGUGUGUGAUUGAGAGUGCAAAAGAGGACUACACUUUGUUACACAAUCUAUGACUACAGUUGAAGUCGGAAGUUUACAUACACCUUAACCAAAUACAUUUAAACUCGGAUUUUCACAAUUCCUGACAUUUAAUCCUAGUUAAAAUUCCCUGUUUUAGGUCAGUUAGGAUCACCACUUUAUUUUAAGAAUGUGAAAUGUCAGAAUAAUAGUAGAGUGAUUUAUUUCAGCUUUUAUUUCUUUCAUCACAUUCCCAGUGGGUCAGAAGUUUACAUACACUCAAUUAGUAUUUGGUAGCAUUGCCUUUAAAUUGUUUAACUUGGGUCAAACGUUUCGGGUAGCCUUCCACAAGCUUCCCACAAUAAGUUGGGUGAAUUUUGGCCCAUUCCUCCUGACAGAGCUGAUGUAACUGAGUCAGGUUUGUAGGCCUCCUUGCUCGCACACGCUUUUUCAGUUCUGCCCACACAUUUUCUAUAGGAUUGAGGUCAGGGCUUUGUGAUGGCCACUCCAAUACCUUUACUUUGUUGUCCUUAAGCCAUUUUGCCACAACUUUGGAAGUAUGCUUGGGGUCACUGUCCAUUUGGAAGACCCAUUUACGACCAAGCUUUAACUUCCUGACUGAUGUCUUGAGAUGUUGCUUCAAUAUAUCCACAUAAUUUUCCUUCCUCAUGAUGUCAUCUAUUUUGUGAAGAGCACCAGUCCCUCCUGCAGCAAAGCACCCCCACAGCAUGAUGCCACCCCCGUUCUUCACGGUUGGAAUGGUGUUCUGCGGCUUGCAAGUGCCCCCUUUUUCCUCCAAACAUAACAAUGGUAAUUACGGCCAAACAGUUAUAUAUUAGUUUCAUCAGACCAGAGGACAUUUCUCCAAAAAGUACGAUCUUUGUCCCCAUGUGCAGUUGGCUUUUUUAUGGCGGUUUUGGAGCAGUGGCUUCUUCCUUGCUGAGUGGCCUUUCAGGUUAUGUCGAUAUAGGACUCGUUUUACUGUGGAUAUUGAUACUUUUGUACCUGUUUCCUCCAGCAUCUGCACAAUGUCCUUUGCUGUAAUUCUGGGAUUGAUUUGCACUUUUCGCACCAAAGUACGUUAAUCUCUAGGAGACAGAACGCGUCUCCUUCCUGAGCUGUAUGAUGGCUGCAUGGUCCCAUGGUGUUUAUACUUGCGUACUAUUGUUUGUACAGAUGAACGUGGUACCUUCAGGCGUUUGGAAAUUGCUCCCAAGGAUGAACCAGAUUUGUGGAGGUCUACAAUUUCUUUCUGAGGACUUGGCUGAUUUCUUUUGAUUUUCCCAUGAUGUCAAGCAAAGAGGCACUGAGUUUGAAGGUAGGCCUUGAAAUACAUCCACAGGGACACCUCCAAUUGACUCAAAUAAUGUCAAUUAGCCUAUCAGAAGCUUCUAAAGCCAUGACAUCAUUUUCUGGAAUUUUCCAAGCUGUUUAAAGGCACAGUCAACUUAGUGUAUGUAAACUUCUGACCCACUGGAAUUGUGAUACAGUGAAAUAAUCUGUCUGUAAACAAUUGUUGGAAAAAUGACUUGUGUCAUGCACAAAGUAGAUGUCCUAACCGACUUGCCAAAACUAUAGUUUGUUAACAACAAAUGUGUGGAGUGGUCGAAAAACAAGUUUUAAUGACUGCAACCUAAGUGUAUGUAAACUUCUGACUUCAACUGUAUAUGCCGUUAUUUUGUGUUUUAACUUCAGGUCACAAAGACAUAUCCCUAACUAACUUAUCACCAGAUAGUUGCUAACACUCUUAGAAAAAAGCGUUCCAAAAUGGUUCUUAGGCUGUCCCCAUAGGAUAACCUUUUUUGGUUCCAGGUAGAACCUUUUUUGGUUCCAGGUAGAACUCUUUUGGGUUCCAUGUACAGUCGUGGUCAAAAGUUUUGAGAAUGACACAAGUAUUGGUCUUCACAAAGUUUGCUGCUUCAGUGUUUUUAGAUAUUUUUGUCAGAUGUUACUAUGGUAUACUGAAGUAUAAUUACAAGCAUUCCAUAAGUGUCAAAGGCUUUUAUUGACAAUUACAUUAAGUUUAUGCAAAGAGUCAAUAUUUGCAGUGUUGACCCUUCUUUUUCAAGACCUCUGCAAUCCGCCCUGGCAUGCUGUCAAUUAACUUCUGGGCCACAUCCUGACUGAUGGCAGCCCAUUCUUGCAUAAUCAAUGCUUGGAAUUUGUGGGUUUUUGUUUGUCCACCCGCCUCUUGAGGAUUGACCACAAGUUCUCAAUGGGAUUAAGGUCUGGGGAGUUUCCUGGCCAUGGACCCAAAAUGUCGAUGUUUUUAGUUAUCACUUUUGCCUAAUGGCAAGGUGCUCCAUCAUGCUGGAAAAGCCAUUGUUCGUCAUCAAACUGUUCGAUGGUUGGGAGAAGUUGCUCUCAGGGGAUGUGUUGGUACCAUUCUUUAUUCAUGACUGUGUUCUUAGGCAAAAUUGUGAGUGAGCCCACUCCCUUGGCUGAGAAGCAACCCCACACAUGAAUGGUCUCAGGAUGCUUUACUGUUGGCAUGACACAGGACUGAUGGUAGCGCUCACCUUGUCUUCUUUUUUCCGGAUGCCCCAAACAAUCGGAAAGGGGAUUCAUCAGAGAAAAUGACUUUACCCCAGUCCUCAGCAGUCCAAUCCCUGUACCUUUUGCAGAAUAUCAGUCUGUCCCUGAUGUUUUUCCUGGAGAGAAGUGGCUUCCUCGCUGCCCUUCUUGACACCAGGCCAUCCUCCAAAAGUCUUCGCCUCACUGUGCGUGCAGAUGCACUCACACCUGCUUGCUGCCAUUCCUGAGCAGGCUCUGCACUGGUGGUGCCCCGAUCACGCAGCUGAAUCAACUUUAGGAGACAGUCCUGGCGCUUGCUGGACUUUCUUGGGCGCCCUGAAGCCUUCUUCACAACAAUUGAACCUCUCUCCUUUAAGUUCUUGAUGAUCCGUUAAAUGGUUGAUUUAGGUGCAAUCUUACUAGCAGCAAUAUCCUUGCCUGUGAAGCCCUUUUUGUGCAAAGCAAUAAUGACGGCACGUCUUUCCUUGCAGGUAACCAUGGUUAACAGAGGAAGAACAAUAAUUUCAAGCACCACCCUCCUUUUAAAGCUUCCAGUCUGUUAUUCUAACUCAAUCAGCAUGACAGAGUGCUCUCCAGCCUUGUCCUCGUCAACACUCUCACCUGUGUUAACAAGAGAAUCACUGACAUGAUGUUAGCUGGUCCUUAUGUGGCAGGGCUGAAAUGCAGUGGAAAUGUUUUUGGGGGAUUAAGUUCAUUUUCAUGGCAAAGAGGGACUUUGCAAUUAAUUGUAAUUCAUCUGAUCACUCUUCAUAACAUUCUGGAGUAUAUGCAAAUUGCCAUCAUAAAAACUGAGGCAGCAGACUUUGUGAAAAUUAAUAUCUGUGUCAUUCUCAAAACUUUUGACCACGACUGUAGAACCCUCUGUGGAAAGGGUUCUACAUGGAACCAAAAAGGGUUCUUCAAAGGGUUCUCCUAUGGGGAUAGCCGAUUAACCGUUUUAGGUUCUAGAUAGCAAAUUUUUUUCUAAGAUACUGUAGAAUCUGUUACAGUAGUGUAUUGUACAAUGGGUUACUUUAAAAGGGUAUUUUCCACUGAAUGGGAUAUUAUGGAACGGGCAGGGCUCCAGGACUUGGCUAUAUCAAAUACCUACUUUGCUACUUUUAGACCCAUGCAGCAGGUGGAUUGAUUCACCCCUUUUCACCUAUAGUUAAAUGAGCAGUCUGAUUAUUGA